AUGCCACGACAACUACCACAUAAAAUCUCCAAUAAAGAGGAGACUACAAAAUACCAGUCUGGCAAUAUUGUCUCCAGUGAUCAUUACCUAUCCAAAAAGGUUUCUCCAAGUCAACUUUUCCAGUCAAAGAAGAAAGAUGAUAUAGAUUCUAUAAAAGAUGUUUUCAAGAGCUUGAAAAGGAAGACACAGAUUCUGCGGUUUGAAAGAAAUAAUCUAAAGAAAGCAAAAACAUACAACGUGGAACUUGUACGAGUAGCAGCUUCUCCCACCUCAGUUUCAAACCUGGGUAUAUCCAACACGUCUGAAACACAAACUACCAGCAAAGCACCUGCCUUCAAAGAAGUGUUAGUUUUAAUAGAGGAAACUCCUCGGAUAAAGUCAAUCCUUAAGAAGCCACUGAAGAGGUGUAUGACUUGUGAUAAGGUAUCCAAGUUAGAGGAGCCACUAACCUUACUUGAGGAGAUGGACCAUGAUGAUGAACCUGAUAUACAGCCAGUGACAUUUGGGAAGAAGUAUAAACCUGAGGAGUCACCCAUCACUGAAGAUUCAGUACUUGUAAGGCAGAAGGAAAAAAAGUGUACUGCUCAGGCCAUCCCCUUAGGGUCAGAACAGUCAGAGCAGCAUAAAAUAAUUAGUAAUAACCAAAAAUUGUAUACUGAGACACUUAGGUUCCCAACAAAGUCAUCUAUAUUGGAGCAGAAGAAGCACACUGGUGCACAGAAGGCAUCUUUCUCAAUGCCAGUGGUCUCACCAAAGAGUUCUAAUGAAACAUAUAGUAAGGAACUGAUGGCUUUAAAGGAAGGAUGUUCUAAUAACAAGGAGUUCUUUAUAGAGUUAUUUUCUUCAAACAGUUCUACCUGUGAAGAUAAUCCUAUUGAAGAUGUCAGUACUUUUUGCAGGACAUGUGUGUCCCAGAAGUCAUUGAACUUAGGAGAGAAAGAGAAGAGUCACAUCAAAAAUGAUUCCCCCCCAAAUCUGGUGCACUCACAGAAAUAUAACAAUGCACAAGAAGUAAAAUUUUUCAAUAAGUUGUUUGAGAAGAAAGACUCUUCCCCUGAGACAGGAACAAACCAGGAAAGGAUUGUUGCUGAAGAGCAGGUAUUCCUGUUAAACAAAGUUGUAGCUUCUUGUGUGAACACCAGUGAUGAUAAUGAGUCCCUCAUUGAGCAGCCACUGGCCUCUCAGGUGCAUUCAUGCAUUUUGGAGAAGGCCAUUAAGAAAUUUUUCGAUAUACAGGAGAAGUCUAGCACUGAAGAGAUGGCUGUCUUCAAGGAGCAAACCAUAGAUACCAAGGCUCACUUCAAAGACUAUUUGUCCUUGCAGGAGAAUCUCAGAUCUGAGGUAGUGGUUUUCCUGAAGGAUCUGUUAGCCUGUGUGGAAAAUAACAGACCUGGUAAGGAAGUUAUUAUGAAGGAGCCCUUGGCCAUGCAGGAAAAACCCUAUACUAACACAGAGGCUACCAUUUGCACCAAGGCUCACUUCGAAGACGAUUUGGCCUUGCCACAGAAGCUCACACCUGAGGUGGUGAUGUUCCUGAUGGAUAUAUUGGCCUGUCUGCAAAAUACCAGAAAGGAGAAGGAAGUUAUCAUGAGUGAGCCCUUGUCCUUGCAGGAGAAGCCCAACACUAAGACAGAGGCUACCCUGAAUGGAUCUUCGACCUUGAAUAAUUCUAAAAGAAAGCUAGAGACUCCUGCAAAGGAGAUAUUACUUUGGCGGGAAAAGCCAAUAUUUGAGGAAGAUACUCCUGCUGAGUAUUCAGAAGCCGCAGUCUUGGAGGAUCCAGAAGAAGUGGUCUUGCAGGAGGCCUUGGUCGUGGAGGAGCCAUUGGUCUUGCAAGAGAAGACUAUAUAUAAGAUAGAUACUAUCCUGAAGGAAUCAUUGGCCUUAGAAGAGAAUCCCAGCAUUGAGAAGGAAGCCAAUCCUAAGGAGUCCUUGGCCUUUCAUGAUAAACUUAGCAUUAUGAAGUACAAUAUCCUCAAGUACCCAUUAGCCUUUCAGGAAAAGUCCAACAUUGAACCCCCAUUUAAGGACACAUUAACUCUGAAUGAGAAAUGCACUACUUUCAAGGAGUCAUCCUUUAAGCAUCCAUUUUCUAUAGAAGAGAAUCCUACCCAAGAUGCCAUUUUACACAAAAGAAUUUUUAUCUCUCCAGUUGUGAACAGUUCACAUGUGUUUAAAAGUGCCAUUGAAUCCCAAAAAGACAAGGUCAGUGUUUUCAACAUGUCCUCCACUGCCAUCAAGUCCAGUUUAUGGAAAGCUGACGUGCAAAACCUUUUCUCGUCUGUGAGCAGAAUACAGAAUAAGAUUCAGGAAGACAGUGACACAUUAGGAAAAAUUGAAUUGGAAGACCGUGAUCCACUAUUUAACUCUGUUUAUACGAAGAAAAUCUUUAGUUACUUGAAGGAGAGAGAGGAAAAACUUAUACUUCAAAAGUACAUGAAUAGGCAGACUGAGCUCAGUGCCUAUAUGAGGGCCAUUCUUGUGGACUGGUUGGUGGAGGUACAGAUGAACUUGGAGAUGAGUCAUGAGACCCUGUACUUGGCUGUGAAGCUGGUGGAUCACUACCUAAUGAAGGUAUUUUGUACAAAAAGAAGCCUACAGAUCCUUGGAUCCACUGCCCCUUGGAUUGCUGCAAAAUUUGAGGAUCCACACCGUCCUUGUCUGAAUACCUUUCUGUACAUCUGUGCAUAUAAGUAUCAGAAACAUGAGAUGCUUGCUAUGGAAGGCAGGAUCCUGAAAGCCCUUAACUUUGACAUUAACAUUCUCAUCGCCUAUAAUUUUCUACGCCUUUAUGCUUUGCAUCUCCAUGCCAGCAUGAGGACGCUAACUUUGUCCCGCUUCAUCUGUGAGAUGACCCUGCAGGAAUAUGACUACAUCCAAGAGAAGCCUUCCAAAUUAUCUGCUGCUUGCUUCCUCCUUGCCCUCUACAUGAAGAAUCUCAAACACUGGGCUUCUUCACUGGAAGAUUGCAGUGGCUACCAGAUUUCUGAGCUUCACCCCAUGGUCAAGAAGUUAAAUAUGGCAGUGGUUAAAAUUUACCAUUUUCCUCUUAUUGUAAAGUCCUUUUAA